AGGCCCAACCAUUUCUUAUCAGUACUCUACACAAGCAGAAGCCGGACUAGGCCCAUCACCAAGACCCACUGAACCCUCGCCGUUUCGUCGCACCCACCAACACGAGAGAUGAGCUCCGGCGGCGCGGACAAGCCCGGCAGUGGCGGCGGCGCGGUGAAGACGCCGUCGGACUUCCUCAAGUCCAUCAGGGGCCGCCCCGUAGUCGUAAAGCUCAACUCCGGCGUCGACUACAGAGGUAUAUUGGCUUGUCUGGAUGGUUAUAUGAACAUCGCAAUGGAGCAGACCGAGGAGUACGUGAAUGGCCAGUUGAAGAACAAGUAUGGCGACGCCUUCAUAAGGGGCAACAACGUUCUGUACAUCAGCACGACGAAGCGGACCCUUGCCGAUGGCGCGUAGCCGGAUUGGAGUCCCUCUGUCCUCCUCCCGUGUGUGUGCCGUGCAACUUCGAAGCCGUUAGCUUCGGUUGCGCUCUGACUCUGAUGCAUCCCUUCAAAUCUCUGUACCCCCCCUGUCUGGAAGGGAGUUGGGGGGGAGAGGGAAAGUGUAUCGCACGGUUUCGUGGGCUUUGUCAGAUGCUAUUUUGAUGUAACUGACAUUUGUUCAGCUUCCCAUGUUAUGUUAUAUGUGGUGUUGCUUUGGGGAUAUGGAUAAGAUAUCGUGUUCUCAGCACUGCGUUAUGUCCUUUCGUCGUCAAUGGUCGGUAUCAAUUCGUC